AUGGAAGACCCACAUGCACCUGUACAUCCGGCAUCAUCACCACCGUUGCUACCUUCAGCACAGACCUUCGAUUCACCGACCGAUGUCUUCGAUUCAGAGCCAAGUCCUUCGCGACAACAGCGGCUCUUGCAGACUCGAAAUGCUCGUUUCCCCGCGAAGAAGCUAUCCAUAUCCAGCCUGAGCAGUAAACUCACCCAACUGAUCGGUAAUAACGAGCAGUCUGAGGGGCCAGCGAGUCCUGCUCGAAACAAGGAGAACAGACUGCACAAGAGCAAGAGUACCGGUACAAUUGGCAAAAGAGGUGGAUUGGGAAUACUGGACGAGAUCUCGAACGCCACUAGAGGGAGGUCAAUCAGACGACACCGCGAUAUUUCCAUCUAUCAGGAUCACCCAGAGCGACCACUAUUGGAAACCUCUCCUCUGGCCGCCUCCUCUCCUUAUGUCGAUCCUAAAGCCGACUUCACAUCUCCGCUUGCCUUUGAUCACAUCCAGGACAGCAUCAGCAAUAUGAGGCUUAGAGAGCUUUCGUACAAUGAGGCCUGGUCGCCUGCUGUCAAGUCUCCACCCUCGAUUCGGCUCAAACAGAGAAAGCCAUCAGCUCAGAUCCAGUUCGACGCCGAAGAGUACAUUGAACACAUCGAAAAGGAGUUGCAACGGGUCAGAGAUGAGGCAUUCUCUCCGUUAACCCGUCGUCCCUUGAAGGAGAAACUCCGGGUUGCAACCAAAGAAAAUGACCGUCUUCAGAAAGAGUUGGCUACACUCAAGGAAAAGUUUGAGACUGAGGUUAAGAGAACGGUCGAGCACAAAACAAUCGUCGAGGUCGAGCUCAAGCGCAAGGUUAGGGAUUUGGAAGACUCACUGGAAGAGAAGGAUAAUGCCCUGAGAGAGCUACAGUAUCAACACGAAGAGAAAAGACUCGACACCAACGUCAUUGAGACUUUGAAGGCUCAAAUCGACAAGUUGGAGCAAGACAAAACCGACUUGGAAGAGAUCAAUCUUGGUAUGACUAAGAGAAAUGAGGUCCUGACUCAACUCCUGGCCAUGUCGCCCACCAAGUCUGCGACUGUCCUCACCUCUCCAGUUCGAGAGAAACGGAAUCCUCGACCUCUGUCUCUGAUCAUCCCUCGUCUACCCUCCUCACCCAAGCAAUUCAAUCAUGGCACCUCCCUUACCUGUUCUCCACGCUUACCGAGCAGUACAGAUAUUAGUCCGUUGAAGCUGUCUCCAGAGCAGAGGGAUGGCUAUAUCUCUUCUCAAGAACUCCAGCAAAACGUCCCCGAUCUCGAUCGUGCUAAUAAAGCUCUCCGAAGUCCUCUCCUCCAAGCUGGCCUUUCCAGAAGAUGGACAAUCCUGUCGGACGCAUCUGCCUCGAGCAACAAUGUGACCGAAGAGAAUAGACCCGCCACACGAAGAAAAGCUCGGAAAUUCGUCGCUGGUUCAACUCAGCUGAAGCCUUUGCUUCUAUCGACCAUGACAGGCGAUGCCUCACAACCAGCCUCGGCCUUGUCUUCCCCCAGAAGUUGGGCUACUAGUCAGGAUCACGAUUUCGGUCAUGACGAGACGAUCAUGCCAACCGAGCAGGAAAUAGAACUAGAAAAUAGACAGUCUGGAGAUACGGCGGACGAGGAGCUAAUUGCUCAGGUUGGUGAAGAAGGACCAGGUCCUGAUUAUGUACACAAUGAAUCAGAACGACAACCUAGUUCCGAUGAGUACGACAUUUUGCAGAUUGACGGCGAAAACACAGUUGCGGAGCAGUCCAUGUCCAACACUAUCAGACAGCGACAAUCACAGAUGGUCUGUGCUUCGCCACAAACCAUGCCCAUGCCGUCAACACCAGAUUCUUUAGCAGCACUACCGAGACCACUAUUCUCUCCAGCUCGGAGAGACAUAACCGUCUCGACGCACGUCUUGAUGGACCAGCUAUCGUCUCUGUCACCGGCUAUAUCUUCCUGUCAAGGGAUCAAUCUUCGUAAACGGCGCAAAACCUCUCCAGCAAGUAUCGAUUUAGGUUCACCUGUCUCCAAGAUUGCUCGACAUCGAGCUCGACAUUUCUCGGUACGUCGCAUCUCACUACCAUCGAUAUCACCGGAGACUCGAGUACAGAAAUCUCCUGCGCCACAUCAACCCACCUUAUCCCAUCAGUUGCGGAAUAUUCGAUCAACCGAUAAUGUCGCUCAGAUUUUACGCCGAAAAGACUUCGCAGUGAAGCCAUUAGCAGCACUUACGAUACAGACAGUCUAUAAGAUUCUGUCUACGUGCACUAGCGUCAUUCGGGAUUUGCGCAGAGAUCCUUUUGCUGUGGUUCGCAGAGUCCUUGCUAAUGCUUGGUACAUGAACUGGGAUCUGCUCGGCAAACUUAGCUGGUGGGUUUUGGGCUUGUUUGUCUACCCAAGAGCUGCGCCGAGAACAAGACCAGCGAUAGACUGGGAUCAAUAUGACGGGGAAAGUAUUGCAAGUAGGUAUUGCAGCGAAGUAGGUGACGAAGAGGAACAAUUUGUGUAUCAACAAGCUGGGUAUAACGACGAUAAAUGGCCACUGCAUAACGUUCAGUCACAUCAAGGAGAAACGAAGCUGCACCUUAGGAACGGACUGGCUUUAGUCAAGCAAGAGAGACCUGGCUGGGCAAAAUCGCUGUUUUUGUGGGGCAAAUUCAGUGCUGUCAUGAUGCUUGCUGUUAGUGGUGCAGUCAUCAAAGGCCCAGGCGAGAUGCUCAAGGACGUCCAAAGGAGGUCCGUACCGGGUCAUCCAAGACACAGGGCUUGUAAGAGUUGCGGUGGUGCAUUGCACGAGAACAAAUCCAGGCAAUCGGAACGUGAGGGCGUUCGGGGAACCACGAUAUUGCAAGAUCAGCACGAAGGCCAGCAGUUUACACAAUCAACACCUCACCAAGAAGAGCUACAAUUCAACUCAACGCCCCAGGCGCGAAACGCUCAAUAUCUCAUGUCCGAUCGUAAUUUCACGCGCAGAGACAGAACGGUUCCGGACACAGAAUUCGAUUUCAGAAGCGACACACAACUUGACAGUUCAUCUAUUCUGGAGCAACUCCAGCAACUCAGUGCGAGUGGUUGUGAUUCAACUCUGAGACCACGGGAGUCUCCUCGGAGACGUGUUACAAGCCUAUUUCCCGUGGAAAGCGUGAGUCCUUGUGUCAGCGUUGAGGGCCGAUUUGAGCAAUCCCAUGACUCAGGUAUAUGA